UCUUCCAUGUCAAAAUUGACUUUAAUAUAAAAUAACAUUAAAAUGAGUGUUGAAGUUCAUCCCCUAACAAAUAACCCAACUGCUGCUUGGAAAGAAUUGAGCCAGUCUCAGAAGGUUAUUAAAAUCCAUGUCAACAUCCCUAAAGAAAAAGUAAGCCAAAAUAAGGCUCGAGUUGUUUGUAUGAGUGACACACACUCUUUAACUUCUCACAUCAAGUUUGAUAUUCCUGAUGGCGACAUUUUCAUACACGCUGGGGACUUUACAAAAUGUGGAGGAUUAGAAGAAGUUAUUGAUUUCAACAAUUGGAUAGGCGGCCUGCCACACAAACACAAAAUUGUGAUAGCUGGGAACCACGAGCUCAGCUUUGACCGGACGUUCACACAUCCUCUGAGCCACUCUCCCAGUGACGGCUCUAGAGGAGGCAGCAUCAUAGACCAGAUCCCCACGCUGGGUCUGCCCAAGGACAAUAUCGCGGAGGCUGUGAAGAUGCAGAACAUCAAGGAGUGUCUGACGAACUGCACCUACUUGCAGGACCAGGCGAUAGGAAUAUACGGGCUGAAUUUCUACGGGUCGCCGUGGCAGCCGGAGUUUUGCAAGUGGGCGUUCAAUCUGCCUCGAGGUGAAGCGUGCCUCAGCAAGUGGCAGCAGAUUCCAGACAACACCGAUGUACUCGUGACGCACACGCCACCCAUAGGACAUGGUGACCUGUGCUGCUCGGGUGUCCGCGCAGGGUGUGUGGAACUGCUGGCUACUGUACAACAGAGGGUCAGACCUAGGUACCACAUUUUUGGACACGUCCAUGAAGGUUAUGGUGUGUCUUCAGAUGGGCGGGUGAUCUACAUUAACGCUUCAACCUGUGAUGUCAACUACUUACCGAACAAUCAACCAAUAGUGUUUGACAUAAGCCUACCUCCUGGUGCAACGAAGGAUUGAACAGUAUAAUUUAUUUUUAUGUUUUACAUGUGCUUGAUAAUCCACAAAGAAAUCCGUGUAUGUGAUAGGCUGCUUUAUGGCAUCUUAGGAUAACGAUGGCAACAAUGCAUGGUUACCGAUUCAACUGAAGCCGUGUUUGAGCUACCCUCUUCACAUAGCAUGUUUACUUGUUGGAUCAGCUGUUUAGAUGUAAGUGUUACAUCGCCUCCCUACCUGGCCAUCACAAUUACUGAUGAAUCGUUUGCAUCAAAAUCACAAAUAAGUGAUCUCGUACGUUUAAUUGCUGCAAAGUCAUAUAUUUUCUAGACCUUGUGGCUACCUAACAAGGUCUAGAAGAGACACUUUGAUGAUAUUACGAUGUAAUAUUAAUAUUUUUAAACAGUGUUAAGGUGAGAAGUCGUGAGAUUUUUUAAACGAAUAAGUGUUUGACAAGUGUAUUUUUUACUUGUAGAUAACUAGGAGGCUCUGGAAAAAAAUUGAAGUAUUGUACAAACAUGUUUUAAAAACAUUCCUUGGUCAAAUGAAAGGCACCAACUAAUAUUUUGUAAUUUUUGUUUUUACAAAUUACAGCGACUAUAUUUGACCAGCACAGAAUCACACAGUAGCUCUUAUUAGUUAUUCUGCAUUCAAUCUUGAAUUUAUUCGGUUUGGUACGCUGAUGCCGUGUCCACUCUGUGCGGUAAAUGUUCCAAUCAGAGCAAAAUUAGUUUUACUCUGUUAUGGUGAAUUUCAUUGGCUGACAAAGUUUUAAGGUUUGAAAAGGAGCCAACUGGUGUAGUUUAUUACUUUCAUCAAUUGAAAUUGUAAGUGGAACCUCGAUAACAAGUCAACCUUAACCAGUGUCAUUUCAUUUUCAAAUUCCCUUAAAUUUAUUUUACCCCUACGUGUUAUUCUAAACAUUGUUAAGAAGUCAACCUUGAUAAAAAGUCUUAUUUAAUACUUAAUCCUUAUGAGAGUCUUUUUAUCGAGGUUGCACUGUAUUUCUAUACAAAAAAAGUACAAUCAAAUACUGCAAUAUUUGCUAAAAAAAACUUUUGUAUCAGCUAGUAUAAGAUAGUAAAAUAGUUACUUCAAAUCGAGAAUCAUAUCAUAAAUGAGAAACAAAGAUUUACUGAAGAGAAAAUAAAAUUUUGUAAAACUAUUUUUAGCCCCUAGUCUUAGUAACGGCAACUUGCAUUUUAAUGUGUGCUUUUUAAAAACUGUUUGUGUGAAAUGUGUUUUGACAUAUUUCUCCAUGAUUAAUGGGAGGAAGUUGCCACUAAUGUAAGAAAAUUAAUCUUCACAACUUGGAGUUGGAAGAAAAUGUCAUCAGAAAUAGUUAUUUGUGUAACUAGUGAGCAAAGUGGCACUUUGCUGCACACGAGAGAAAUGUUUACGCACAAGCCGCAGGCCUCGAGGAAUGAUCUUAAAUGCAGCAAAGGCCUUUUGCACUUGUGUUACACAUUAUAUUUUUCCUACAGUCACUAUAAAGCAUAUAAAUAAUUAGUCUUUCAAACACUAUACAACACGUUUUUAGGUUCAGCUGGCAACACAAAUAGGUGCCCUAGAGAAAGUAGUCACCGGUCUGUAUCACUCCGCUAUUUUUUCCUCGGCAAGCAAUGUGCUCCGGGACUUGAGAAAAUAGUUCCGUAUGUUUUUGUAAUUUGCAGUGGUUUCCGCGCCUAAAAAAAUGCUUCAAAGGUAUUUUUUUGUUUAUUAAGAUCCUAGGAAUGUUUUAAAAACAUUUAAAAGAAAAGUCCAGAAAGUUCAGAAAUACCGAAAAGAGAACAUAACCUAUAAACACGAAAUGAGAGGUUAAAUCGUAGUUAUAAUAGUCAAUCAGCUGCUCAUAGUAUUAUUUUUCUUUUAGUGUUGCCAACCUAUUUCGAAGUGUACACGGAUUACGUGCAUAAUAGAACCACGCUGUUUUGUGUCGUUUCGUUGGAAUCCUGAUGUGCGCCAAAGUAUAAACCCUACGACAAAGUAUAAAUAUGCAGCAAUUAGCAGCUUUCUGUACUAUAAACAGUACAAGGAAGCCAACUUUGUCGGGUGACUGUAGGAAAAAAUAUUAACAUCAUGUUUUGAUGUGUGUGGAUCAGAUGGUGCAAUGAAUACUCUCACUCUCUUUGUCUUUGGCCUAUUUUUGUGAUUGUAUACCAUGAUUUGAUUUGCAGUGUGUAAUUUAUAAAUUUGAAUGUUUUUUGUACCUUUUGUAGGUUAUUUGUGAUCAGUAUUGUCCCUGCGUAAGCAUUAGAGUUACCAUUUAGGAUUUUAAUUUUAUUAUAUGGAUGUUGGA